GCGCUGGGCCAAUGAGCCCCCACGCACCCGCAUCCGCAUCCGGCCUGGACCGUUGAGCGCGCAGACAAGAGGCUGGCGAGAGGCGGUUGAGGACCGGUGCUGAGGAACGGCUGAGCCGGCGGCUGAGCUGGUCUGCGGAGUUCAGGAUGCGAGAGUGUAUCUCUAUCCACGUGGGGCAGGCAGGUGUCCAGAUUGGCAAUGCCUGCUGGGAACUGUACUGCCUUGAACAUGGUAUUCAGCCUGACGGGCAGAUGCCAAGCGACAAAACCAUUGGUGGCGGGGACGAUUCAUUCAACACAUUCUUCAGUGAAACCGGAGCUGGCAAGCACGUGCCCAGAGCAGUGUUUGUGGACCUGGAGCCCACUGUGGUCGAUGAAGUUCGUACCGGAACCUACAGGCAACUUUUCCACCCAGAGCAGCUGAUUACUGGGAAGGAGGAUGCGGCCAAUAAUUAUGCCAGAGGUCAUUACACCAUUGGCAAGGAGAUUGUCGACCUGGUUCUGGACCGUAUCCGAAAACUAGCAGAUCUGUGCACAGGACUGCAGGGCUUCCUCAUCUUCCACAGCUUUGGAGGCGGCACAGGGUCUGGGUUUGCAUCUCUACUUAUGGAACGGCUUUCAGUGGACUAUGGCAAAAAGUCCAAGCUGGAAUUUGCCAUUUACCCAGCCCCCCAGGUUUCCACAGCCGUUGUGGAGCCCUACAACUCCAUCUUGACCACACACACAACGCUGGAACACUCGGAUUGUGCUUUCAUGGUGGAUAAUGAAGCCAUCUAUGACAUCUGUCGACGCAACCUGGAUAUUGAACGUCCCACAUAUACCAACCUCAAUCGACUGAUUGGGCAGAUCGUGUCAUCCAUCACAGCCUCCCUGAGGUUUGAUGGGGCCCUGAAUGUGGACUUAACAGAAUUCCAGACCAACCUGGUGCCAUACCCUCGCAUCCACUUCCCACUGGCAACCUAUGCCCCAGUCAUCUCAGCUGAGAAGGCAUACCAUGAGCAGCUGUCAGUGGCAGAGAUCACCAAUGCUUGCUUCGAGCCAGCCAAUCAGAUGGUCAAGUGUGACCCUCGCCAUGGCAAAUACAUGGCCUGCUGCAUGUUGUACAGGGGGGAUGUGGUCCCAAAAGAUGUCAAUGCGGCUAUUGCUACCAUCAAGACAAAGCGCACUAUCCAAUUUGUGGAUUGGUGCCCAACUGGAUUUAAGGUGGGUAUUAACUACCAGCCCCCCACCGUGGUCCCUGGGGGAGACCUGGCCAAGGUGCAGAGGGCCGUGUGCAUGCUGAGCAACACCACUGCCAUCGCAGAGGCUUGGGCCCGCCUGGACCACAAGUUUGACCUCAUGUAUGCCAAGCGGGCCUUUGUGCACUGGUACGUGGGAGAAGGCAUGGAGGAAGGGGAGUUCUCAGAGGCCCGGGAGGACCUGGCAGCGCUGGAGAAGGAUUAUGAAGAGGUGGGCGUCGAUUCCGUGGAAGCAGAGGCAGAAGAAGGGGAGGAAUACUGAGUGUGUGGGUCUGGCUGGCAGCCAUCCAUGUACAUCUUCCCCACCAUUGAAACUAAAGAAUAUAUUUACUUAUUAAAAUUUCUAUAUUGAGACA